AUGAAACAAAGAGGAUUGUUAGGAUAAAUCAAUUCUGAAUCCGAAAACUCACAAACAAAAAAUAUAGAAAAGCAAAAACAGAAAACACCUUCAAAAUUAUAAUAAUAGGGAGAAUUUGUUUCUUUUAGUCCGUUGUAACUCACAUAAAAGUAUCUGUAUAGUUUAAUUAUAUAGUACAAUGCCUUUUGAUUAAUUUUAAUUAUAGGGUUAGGCCAAGAGUAACAAUAAUACAAAAUAAAAUUCCUCUGUCAUUAUUUUACAUAAUUUUUUAACGUAGACUUAACUCAUAUAAACAACUAUUAAAGUAUUUCAUGAGAAAUAUGAAAAUUUUAAGAUUUUAAAAGAAAGCAAUUUAUGUCAAGUAACUUUUUUUAAAUAAUAUUAGAUUGUUUAAUGCAGAAAUAUAUUCACAAAAGAAUAUUUCAUAGCAAAAAUAUGUUUGAAAGGGCAAAAUGUAAAUAUUGUUAACUAAUUUAAGUCUUAAAUCAAUAGUGAAAUUAGAGUAUGUAACACUUUAUUAAAGUAACACCAUUCAGGUUUAAUGAAGUUAUAAGAAAUGUUUUCUGAUAAGGAUACUCACAUCUUUGUCUAUGAGUAUAUGAAUGGAGGUACUCUAUUUGAAUACAUUCAAAAGAAGCAUCUUAAAUUAGAUGAAUCAGAGGUUAGAUCUAUAUUUAAAUAAAUCCUAAAAGCUUUGAAACAUUUACAUUCUCUUAAUAUAAUACAUAGAGACUUAAAAUUAGAUAAUAUUAUGUUUAAAGUGAAAGGAGAUGUCAAAUCACUUAAACUAAUUGAUUUUGGUUAUGCAACAUUACUCUCAGACACUAAGAAUAUGAAAUUCAGAUGUGGAACUCCUGGCUAUGUUGCUCCAGAAAUAUAUUAAGAAUCACUACUAUAUAACUAAUUAUGUGACAUCUAUAGUUUAGGAGCUAUAGCACAUAUAUUAGCGACUGGAAAACGCAUAUAUUCUUCAAAUUUGACUUCAAAGGAGAUAUGUGAAUUUAAUAGACUAAAUCAAUAUGAAAUCCAUGAGAAUUUAAAAUGCCCAUUGUUGUUAGAUCUUAUAACAUAAAUGCUCAAAGAAUUUACGAGUAGACCAUCAGCUUAAGAUUGUUUAAUACAUCCCUAUUUUAUUAAAUUCUCUUAAUUUAAAGUUUCUUAAGAUCGCAUAAAUUAAUAGUAAGAAUAUAUUUAUCCCUUUUAGAAUAUAUAAUCUCACGUUUCCACAAUUUAAAAAUCCUUUUCAAUCUUACUAUUAAUAAAAAUGA